GAGUACCUGGCGGCGGUCGUGGCCCCGAGCCGCUCGGCCGAGCACCACGAGGCGCGCGUGGAGCAGCCCCUGGCCGGGCGGCGGGGCAGGGCCGGCAGCGGCGGGCAGGGCGAGGUGCGGCCCAGCGGCGGCGCCUCGCACUGGCAGUCCGAGUCCAGCGCUGCCAACCGGCAGACCGUGGGCGACCCCUUCGCGCACAAGAUCCGUGCGGCGGGCCGCCAAGAUCGCGCGGCAAGCGGGCGAGGCGGCCAGCCGCACCAGAGCUCCGGCGCCACGGAGUUCCGGAGCACAUUCGGCCACGAGUUCGGCCUCCACGCGGACUCCGGCAGCCUCAGCGCGCGGGCGCCGGCCGGCAGCGCUCUGGCCGCGGGCACCGCCAAGGCCACCGGCCACCUGCCUGGAUAUCAGGGCUUCCUGCCGGCCUCGGCGCGGGCGCACCGGCCCUCGACGGAGCCCCGCAACGUCAUCAAGGGCAGCAUCGCGGACGGCGUGCGGUUGAGGCCGGUGGGCUACGGCGGCCAUGUCCCCUCGAGCGCCAAGCUCGCCUCGGAGUUCCGGCUCGACGGGCUCACGACGGCGGGGAAGGAUUUCGUGGCGCACAAGCUCAGCUGAGAUAA